CAUACUAGGAGCAUUAAGCAACUCAGACGACAGAAACCACAUACCCCGCCAAGGACAAGGGCCGGCCUCUUUCCUCCACAACAAGGAGCAGCUUACGCUCUAUCUGGCUCCCCCAGCUGCUGCUGUUCAUCACACCAGGAGCCGGACAAAACCAAAGUUUCAUACUCGAGAUCCCUUUCAAUUCUCUUGAUAACCAGAAAGCAAAAAAGGAUGGCCGAAGCUUCUGAGAAUGGAAAGUCGACAAAAGUAAACCUCAAGAAGGCAGAGGCUGACCUGCCACCACCUCCUCCCCAGGAUUCUGUCUUAGACCUACCUCCAGUCACCGGGAGCCAGGAUUCUAACCCACUGCCUCCACCGCCUCCUAAAGAAUCUUUCUCCAAGUUCUACCAGCAGCGGCAAGUGAACGAGCUGAAGCGCCUCUACCGUCACAUGCAUCCUGAGCUACGGAAAAAUUUAGAAGAGGCUGUGACCGAGGAUCUGGCAGAGAUGCUGAGCACCGAUGAUCCGACUACGCAAGCCUCAACGAAUUUGGAUGCAGUUCUUCCAGGGGAAGUCCAGUCCAUGCGCUGGAUCUUUGAGAACUGGACGUUGGACUCCAUUGGAGAACGUCAAGCUGCCAAGAAGCUCACCGAGGAAGAAGCCAUCCCCAGUGGAGAUGUGAAGAACCGAUCCAUGAAGUUUGAAAGCCAGUCAUUCGAUGGGGAGAGGAAAACCACCUCUGGCGAUACAUCAGAGAAAGAACAAACCAAAGGGGAUGUGCACACUGCUCGGUGGUUAUUUGAAACCCAACCGCUGGACUCAUUGAAUAAAAUGUAUUUGGAUGAGACCGAUAUGCAAGAGGCAGUGCUCAAGGAACCUGUUCAAAGAGGGGAUGUGAAAGGAGCCGCGCAGCUCUUUGAAACUCACUCGCUAGAUACCUUGGGCCGCUGUAGCUCUGUAGAGGAGCAGAGCAUCCUGCAACUCAAGUCAGAAAUCCAAGAGCUCAGAGGGGAUGUGAAGAAAACCAUCAAGCUGUUCCAAACAGAGCCCCUCUGUGCUAUCAGAGAUAAAACAGGAAACAUCCAUGAGAUCAAAUCUGUCUGCCGGGAAGAAAUACACAGCAAUGCAGUCAGGACAGCUCGUUGGCUGUUUGAAACUCAACCCCUGGACAUGAUCAACAAGGACAUGUCCAAAGUGCAAGUGAUACGAGGGAUAUCGUUGGAGGAAGUUGCCAAAGGGAACGUCAGUGGGGCCAAGUGGCUGUUUGAAACUCAGCCCCUGGAUGCUAUUAGAGAACUUACUGUGGAGGAGGCAGAUUUCAAGGCCUCUCCGGAUCUUGUCCAAGGGGCUGAUGUCAGUAAACAGUGCCUGCUUUUUGAGACUCAGCCACUCGACACACUGAAAGGAGAACUCUCCGACAGCAUCCCAGCCAAAGAAGAAGUUAUCAGAGGGGACGUAAAAUCCACUCUCUGGCUGUUUGAAACCCAACCAAUGGAAACACUAAAGGAUAGUUUUGAAGUCGGGCACUUAAAAAAAGUUGAGCUUUCGGAAGAGGAGAAAGGAGCCGUGAAGCAAAGAAAGCACAUCUUUGAGACCUGUCCAUUGGGUAGCAUCUCCAAGGCACCAUCUGAAGACUUCUUAGCCACCAAUAUACAAGAAGUAGAGAAAGGCGACGUGAAAGCUUUCAAGAGCCUGUUCGAGACCCUCCCUUUAGACAGCAUCAGACAAGAUAGCACUGAAGCGGUUGCCAAAGAAAAAGAGGAAGUCCCACAUGGGAAUGUCAAAGCCAACCAGUUCCUUUUUGAGAUGACACCCUUGUAUGCCAUCAAGGACAGCUUUGGCAAUUUCCACAAGGUCACCUCUGUGAGCAGAGAAGAGGAAGUUACAGGCGGAGACGUUAAGAACUGCAAAUGGAUGUUUGAAACCAAGCCUUUGGACCAGUUUGAUGACAGCACCCAGAAAGUAGAUAUAAUUAAGGGCAUCACUAAGCAAGAAGUGGUGGCUGGGGAUGUGAAGACGGCCAAGUGGCUCUUUGAAACACAACCCAUUGAUGUCAUCCACACCCAAAUCAACCUCGCAGAACAAAAUGCAUCUGGGAAAGAGGUUUCCCAAGGAGGUGAUGUGAAGACCUGCAGAUGGUUGUUUGAGACCCAUCCGAUUGAUGCUCUGUACGAGAAGGUAGAGAAGAAGGAAGACAGAGAAGAACCUGUGCCACAAGGUGAUGUUAAAUCAUGCACUUGGAUGUUUGAAACGCAGCCAUUGGACUCCCUGAGAGGCCAGGAAGAGCAAUAUUUGCAGGUCAGCAAAGCAUUUUCUGAAGAUGAAUUACAAGGGGUAGAUGUUAAAACCGUCAGACACCUGUUCGAGACAGAACCCUUAAUCGAUAAUGCCCCUGAGGAUGUCAGUUCAAAGAAAAUAAUUAGGUAUUCCAGCCGUGUAGAGAUACAAUCUGGAGAAGUGUCCCGGGUGAAGGAGUUUUUUGAAGCCAAGCCCUUGGAUUCUGCCAGGAAAUCAAACAUAGCCAUGAAAGAGAUCAAUAUCCCAGCCGAUGAGAACAUAGAGCCUGGAGCUGUGCACAAGUUUACUUGGCUCUUUGAAAACUGCCCCAUGGAUACCUUGAAAAGCAGCAUGGAGGGUAUUCAAGAGAUACCCCCGGAAAAGGACGUUCGGAGUGGAGAUGUCGGAGGCAAGAAAUUCAUUUUCGAAACCUACUCCCUGGAUCAGAUCCAUGACAAAGAGAAUGAGACACAAAUCAAGAAAAUCCAGGAAGACACCAUGAACAAAGCCAGUGUCAAGUCCUGUACCAUGCUCUUCGAAACCCAGCCUCUGUACGCCAUCCAGGACAGAGAUGGAGGCUAUCAUGAAGUCACAUCUGUGAAGAAGGAAGAAAUCAUGAAAGGUGAUGUGAAGGGAGCCAGAUGGCAGUUUGAAACAAAACCGUUGGAUCAGAUCAAGAAAGACGAAGAGGUGUUUGUGAUCAGGGCAGUGACACAAGAGGACUUUAAGAAGGGUGAUGUCCAAGCUGCCCGAUGGAGAUUCGAAACAGAGCCUCUAGAUUCCAUCGCUGAAGAUAAGAGGCCAGUUCUGAGGACCGUGGAGGAUGUGCAGAGAGGAGACGUCCAAUCCAAUAAGCAACUCUUUGAGUCCGAACAGGUCAGCCGGAAAAGUUAUGUUAGGAUGGUCAGCGUGAGUGAUGUCCAGCAAGGGGAUGUAAGGACAUCCACUUGGCUUUUUGAGAACCAGCCUAUUGACUCCCUCAGGGGAGAGCCUGAAAGCACCUCCAGCCUGAAAACUGUUCAGAGAGAGGACAUCCAUAAAGGUGACGUGAAACGCUGCACCUGGCUAUUUGAGACUCAGCCCAUGGACACUCUCAAAGACACUGAGGCUUCUGCCAGUGCUGAACCCCCCAAGGUCGUUCCCCAGGCCAACGUCAAGAGCACCACAUGGUUGUUUGAGAGCACCCCACUGGAUAAACUCAGCACUUCUGAACAUUGCACAGAAAAGGAAGCGAGAGCUGGAACCAUAAAAGACACAUUGGAAGUUCUCUUCUCCCAUCGAGUGAUCCAACACGAUGGCAUCCUCAUUGAAGCCAAUGACACUGAGAGUGUCAAGAUGGCAAAAUACCAAUUUAGCAGUCAAGGAGCCCCAGAAAUCCAAAAGGAAGAAGUCAUGGGAGGCAAUCUGGAAAGGAUCUUGGUGCAGCUCCUUCAUAGGACCGAUGUGGAGGCCCAAGGGGUACUGGUGAAAGAAGAAGAGAAUAGGAAUAUCCAAAUCAGUCCAGUGCAGCUCGUAGAUCCUACCAAAGCAGAGAAAGGCAAGGAGGACUUGAGGGAUGAUGUAGCAAAAGCUCUCCAAGGACUUCUGAGCCAAGAUGCCUCUGCUAAAAAAGGAAUAGUUAUGCAGGAGACAGAGACAGGAUCAGUGAAGAUCGUCAUCUAUUCUUUCCUCCACUUCGUUGUCCACCAAGAAGAAUUUGUCAAGGGUGAUGUGAAGUCCACCAUUGGGAAUCUGCUGGCUUUUUCGCAAGACCAAAAGGCAACAGCAACCAUCAGACCAGAGGACAAUGAGAGAGGCAAUGUCCAUCUGUACACCACCUGCAUUGAGAAGGGAGACCUCGACUACCUAAAGAACCUCCAAAGGGAGUCAGAGAUAGAAUCUCUCGUUUCCUCUCAAGCGAAAGAGGAACCACCGAAAAAUGUGCAAGAGGUCACAGCGCCUCUCCAGUUGCAGGGGGAAAAAGUAGUGAAAACAACAGCAGAUGUGAUACUAGGGAAUAGCAGUGGGGCUAAGCAAGUGUUCUUGUGUGACAGCGAAGAAGGUACCUUAGGAAGGGAGGUGGUGCAUGCCAGUGAUUUAGGUCAUUGUCUUGGGCAACCCUCAUCUGCAGGGAUAGAAAAUGUUAUUUCAGGAAAUGUGAAAUUGGCAGAGAAUGGUAGCAACAGGGCAGUGACUGAAGGGAAAAUCCUGGUUGAUAGAAAGGUGGGAACGGCCGAAGGAGCAACUCAGAAGGAUGAUAUGGAUGGAGCUAUUCACUCUUCCAACCAGAUGACAGCCCAGCCCAAAAUGCAGGAUCUCGGGGGAGAUCUUCAAGCUGCAAUGCAAAGCCUGAGGCUAGCCACAGCAGAGGCCAAAAGCCUGCAGCACCAAGUCCAGAGCAAGCUGCAAAAGACCACUGAAGAUAUUCACCUCUCGACUAAGCAACCUUAUGCAGUCACACCUCAGCAGACGGCUACCAUGCAAGCGACAGUCUCCAACGAGGGUGGUGUAGCCGGCAAGCAGCAACACGCGAGCCACGUCACCAUUGUCAGAGUGCAGGAGACAUCCAAGUCCCACACAAACACGUCUCAGAAGAGCACGGUGCCCCGCACAAAGGUCAGUGCAUCUGAGGAAGUACAGGGAGGCCAGUUGCCACUGGUAGCAUUGCCUAGUGCAGAGAUUAGCAUUAAGGAUGGCCUUUAUACUGCCCAGCCAGUGCAAACCUAUGUAAAUCCAUUUAUUGAGUCUGAUUACAAAGAGCACUCCGUUCCAGAAGAACGAGAGCAAGAUGCUAUAAUCAGAGGGGAUGUAAAGACAGCUAUCAGAGCCCUGCAGAGUGCCGCAGCAGAACAGAGGCAAGUAGAAAAAGAGGACGUUGUCUGCGGCACCUUAGAAGCCGCACUCAAGUCCCUGGAAAAGUCUAACGUUAAUGUCUCCAAGGGAGAUUUUAAAGCAGCCAUGAUAUACAGAAAUGCAGGGCAGCCCUAUUCCAUUUGUAAAAAGAAAAAUGAGGCUCAAGUUCUUAAUGACCAGGCAACUGUAGUGGCUUCAGGCUCACAAGCUGUUAAUGACUUUCCUCCUCCAGCUUCUGUGACGAGAACCAUGCACCCUUCAACCGAUCUGAGAGAAGCUGAUGCUCUAGGGCAUUCUGCGCCUGUGCAACCGCCUGCUCCUAGGAUUCUCCCUCCCACCCCUGCCAAACCAAGUGAUCGGAGACCUUUAGAGAAGCCACAGCUUCUCCCCAAGCCAGAAUUCAUCCCCCCACCGAGGAAGAAACCUCUUCCACCUCCAAAACCAGAGUUCCUUUUGCAAGAAGCACUUUCCUACCCUGAUGGCAGCCACAAAAGCCGAUCAGGAAAAGCAGUCUCUCCUCCUUUCCCUUCCAAAACGCCAAGCAUGGGUGAACAGGACAUGCCAAUAACUUCACCCAUAAAGCAAGCACCAGCGUCUUGUGCGGCCAGCAUGCAAAAGCAAUCUUCACAUAGGCAAGAAUCAACUGACUGUCCUCCACCUCUGUUACCUGUGGCAACUACCAUUGAGAAAAAGAGUUCUGAAGGGAAAGUAACAAAAGAUAUUCUCAAGACCCCUCUGCAAUUAGCAGAAGAAAAGUAUAAGUCAAAAAAAGAAGAACAGAAGAAGUGGGAAGGGGCUGACACCAAACCUUCAUCAGAGUCAAUUAAAAAUGGACUGGCCGGUUGUGAAAGGGCGAAUUGCCUCCCAACGAAAGAAAUUCGAGGAUUUCUGGAGUCCUGCCAGCCGGAAAAUCUAAGUGCAUUUCCUGCUAGGCAAGAGGUUGUCUUGCCUUUUGAAGGCCAAAUAGAUAUUGUUAACUUGGAAGGUCAGAAGAAGCCGUAUCUUUCUGCCAAGUGUCAUGCCAACGUUUUGAGAAAGGGAACUAUCAUCACAAAUGCCUCGUCAUCAAGGAUAGAAAGUAGUACAUCUACAUGUGAAGCUCAUGGAUCAAUGGAUAACCAGAAAACAAGUCCAAGAAUAGAAGAAAAGAUCUCAGAAGCUGCUGUUUCAACACCUUCAUCUCUGCAACCAAAGCAGAUCUCUAAAGAGCAUCAGUGUGUGAACAGCAGGGAGUUAGGAGAUCUGUCAAUGAACACAAUACAACAAACAGAGAUGGAGAAGCCAGUGGUGGUCAUGAGGGGAAAAGCUUCCCGAGAAACUGAAGACGAACGUCGGAAGAGGUUGUCGGUCCACAAGGAGGAGAUCAUGAAAGGCAAUGUCAAGGAGGCCAUGGAAAUAUUUGAAAACCUGCGAAGGCAAGAAGAGCUCCAGGAAAUUUUAACUCGCGUGAAAGAAUUUGAGGAGGAGACCUCUAAAGUGGAUGUGAAAGCCCUGAGAAGCUUCUUCGAGAAUGUUCCCGAAUGGGUGGUGCACCACAAAGCUCAUCAAAUAAAGCAGCCAAAAGUAGAGAAGGCUGAGCAGGUAAAGGAAGCGAAGGAGGACACCGACAGCGUAUCUUCCAUGGAGCUGGCCUUUGAAGAUUUGGAGAGAGCAAGUGCGGAGAUUGCUCACUUGAAGGAGCAGACCCUGAGCAGGCUGCUGGAUAUUGAAGGGGCCAUCAGGAAAGCUCUGUGUUCUAUUUCUAACCUCAAGUCAGAAUCAGACAUAGCUGGGCUCUCAGGACUGCUCCAGGAAUCUCUUGGGAAUUCGCAAAGCCUAGCCGCAGGCAACAAUAUCCGCAAGAUCAGCAUCAUCUCCAGCAAAGCCAAACAAGAGAGAGGGAUCCAGAACUCAUCUUGGGGAGUCGAGAAGAUGGCAGAAACGGCUGAGGCGCCCAAGACAGAGCUAGAGGUCCCUUUGAUCAUCCAACCCCGUGCAAGUUCUCCUUCUUCUCCUUCCUACAUCUCCAUUCAAUCUGCCGCAAGAAAGCCUGCAGAGUCACCCAAGUUGGGGCAAUCCUCCGCAUCAAAUUUAACUGGCAUGGCGACAGAAAGGGAAAUGUUCGCUCAAGGUAUUUUUAGCUCUCUGCCACGUAAGUCGGUGAGGCCUGAUGGAUGCAACUUGGCUUCUUGUGAAGGUGAACAAGAGCUCAUCCAGAUGAGUAAAGGAGCGGGUUUAAUUAAGCAACAGCAUCUCAGCAGUUCCGAACAUCUCCAGCAUCAGAUUAACAGCAACGGGGAUAAAGAGUGGGACUCAUCUCAAAGCUUGAUCAAAGGUGGAGUACCUGACUACCCUUCCAAAGUUCCCCUGUCUGCUUUAAGCCCAUCAAAUCCACGGAGACAGAAAAGCAUCCUAGAACUUCAGACAAGUCAUGAUGGAUCUAAGCUCUAUGGGGCCACCAGAACUGUCACGGAGCAGUAUGAGGAGGUGGAUGAGUUUGGAAACAAAAUAAUCACUUCCUCGACCACUGUUACCAAACAAUCAGAGACUCAAACCUCCUCCACGUGCGACAUGGUUUCCUGUCCCACCAGAUACGAAGUGACUGCCUCUCCAAUCCUUCGCAAAUAUCUCAACAGCCCAGAUAGCUUCCAAGCCAACAGCGACCACCAGGAAACAGGAGUGGUUUUCGUUACUUUUGGCAAUUCCAAACCAGCUAAGAAAUAAUAAGAUUAUUUCAUGGAAAACAAACCCUCACAGCUGUGAUCUACAAACAUCAACAUGCAGUACUUGGACUUAAGCCAGUUUUAAGCCAACAGGACUUAUUUGACUUAAAUCUAGAUUGUUGUCAAUGAAGCAAUUUAUGGCUUGGGUUUUCUGCUCAAUUUUGCAAACCUUUCAGAAUACAGUCUUACAGCUUGUGCAUGAGUAGAAUUAUACAUUCAGAACCAGAAGCAAAAGCUACCAAGAGAUCCGUAGAAACUAGAACCCAGAGGAAGAAAACGAGCAUAGAAGAAACAAAUGCAUUGGGCAGGGGACUCCUUUCAAGUUUUUUCUAUUUGUUUCCAUAACUUUGGUUCUAUAACAAAGAUUGCCAGCUGUAUCAUACAAAGAGCCAGCAUUUCUGUUUCCAACAACCAACCAUAAGAAACACAAAACAGAGGGCAAAGGACUCAAAGAAUCAGUGAACCAGUAUUUUUGGGAAAGUACUCAUUUACUCUACCUUUUCUUCUUUCAUUAUGAAGACCAACCUUCCCUCCUGCCAUUCUUUCUUCUUCUUUCUCAUCCCAUCAUAAUUACCCAAGCACACAAAUGUCUUGAAAUCAUUUCUUUUUUCACUACCAGACAACUUACAUUGUGGAAGAGAUAUAUAGCAGUAUUCAUGUUUAGCAAGAGCUCAAUACUAUGAAAAGUAUAUAAAACCAUAAUAUUAAGGAUUUCUGACAUUACCCUUGUCCCUAAGGAGAAAGUGAAUCACAUUAUCCUAGUUUAGAUUGAAAUGGAUUUUAGACAUAUUUAUGGUUAAUGCUUUUCUCAUUUUCAUUUUGAUUCGUAAUUUAUUGUUCCUUGUUAACUAGUCUUUACUUUUAGACUCUGUUUUCUUACAUGUUCCGUGUUUAAACCAAUAAUGAAACUAUGUAAAGCAAUUUUAUUAUGGACUUUUUUUGUACAUUCACAAGAUUUUAGAUAUUUUGUGGGUUUCUUUUUUUAAUUUGCAUUCUGAUGGUAAAUUUGACUUCUGAAAAAUA